GGCCCGUUCCGUUCGUCAACCGAUCGUCGUCACAUCGCAGUCUGUGGUUUCGCCAGUCAGUUGGGUUUUUGUUUCCGUCGAGUUGUGACUGCAUUUCUUGAGUUUCUCUCACGGACCCGUUGUUACAGCACGACCAACACGCACAGUAUUUCCGGGCAGUGUAGAACGACGCAGGGAAAAAUUGUAAACAAUACUGUUUGUGUACAUCUCCCGCGUUUCUCAUGCUCGUAGUAGACCGUGCGCGUGCCGUGAUCUCUUGGUUUCCCGUGUUCUCAUCGAGUCGUAGUCAGUAACAUCGCGAACGGUGACAGCCCAGCGAUCGGUAUACCCGUACACCUACACCACUGUUGUAGCUACCGGUGACCCGCACAAUCGGUUUUCUGACGCUCUUGUUCCGUGAGAACGCCACCUCAAACCCGUUUCUUUUACCCCGUGUUCUGCGUGCGCGUUUAGUAGACACACGUAAACACGGCUCAUCGAACGCGUGCCUCGAGGUUGGUGACGACAUGCCAUCGUAUUAGGUCCGACGAAAACGGAUCCAAUAUGAAUGACAUUGAUACGAUCGCCACCACGGUGUUCUACUUCGCCAGAGACGGACAGCUGAAGAAAUUGCAGUUGCUGUUGGAAGGCAGAUCAGCAAUGGAAAAUGCCAUAUUGUUGAAAACCACGACAAAUGGCGCUACGGCAUUGCUGAUGGCCUGCAGACACGGCCACUACGAUAUAGCUGUAUACUUGAUCAAAAAACAUAAAGUCAAUAUAGAACAAAUAGGCUCAGUUGUUUUUGACGGUGAAACAAUAGAAGGAACGCCACCACUAUGGUGUGCGGCCGCUGCUGGACACCUGAACAUAGUCAAAUUAUUAGUCAAAGAAGGUGCCGUGGUCAACUCGACAACCAAAACAAAUUCAACGCCUCUACGAGCCGCUUGUUUUGAUGGACACUACGAAGUAGUCAAAUAUCUAGUCGAGCACGGUGCAGAUAUCGAAGUAUCAAACCGUCACGGUCAUACGUGCCUGAUGAUUGCUUGCUACAAAGGUCAUUACAAAAUCGCUAACUACUUGUUGUCCCUGAAAGCCGAUAUAAACAAGAAAAGUGUGAAAGGGAACACUGCGCUGCAUGAUUGCGCCGAAUCUGGCAAUUUGGACAUAUUCAAAAUGCUCAUUCAAAAUGGAGCCAAAAUGGAAAUCGACUCGUAUGGAAUGACACCACUGUUGGCGGCAUGCGUGACCGGUCACGUAGAAAUCGUCGACUAUAUGGUGAAAAGCAACAAUCUAGUGUCACGCAAAGAGAAGAUUGAAGCACUGGAACUAUUAGGCGCGACUUACAUUGACAAGAAAAGAGAUUUGAUCGGCGGUUUUGACUUGUGGAAGCGAGCCAUGGACAUCCGGUUUAACGAGGACGACGAACAAGACAUACCGAAACCGGACAACGCCUUGCCAAUCGAAGCGUAUGAGUGGGCGCAAGAAGUGAAAAACCAUGAAGAACUUAACGAACUGUUAUCUGAACCUGACGAGAUGAGGAUGCAGGCCUUAUUAGUGAGAGAAAGAAUCUUAGGCCCCAUCCAUCCGGAUACCAGUUACUAUGUACGUUACCGAGGUGCUGUGUACGCCGAUGCUGGUAAAUUUACUCGAUGUAUAUCUUUAUGGAAUCACGCUUUGGACAUCCAAAGAAGUUCUCUCGAAACUUGCCACCAAAUGACUGUUUCUUCAUUCUUUUCCUUCGCCGAACUGUUCUCUUUCAUGUCGGACGCAUGUGCUACCAAUGAAGAUGACGCGUAUAGACAAGUGCCAGCGUUGUUAACGUUCGAAGACGUUGUUCAAAUUCUUGUCAAAGCUGUUCAUGACUUAUGUGAUACCAAAGAUAUAACGUCGGCAUUUGACUUAUCUCCUAGAUUAUUGCUCAUUUCCUUGGAUCUCUUCAAUAUGGCUCUCAAAUUGAUCAGAAAUGAUGAACACUCACAUCUGACUCAUCGUCUACUCUAUCGCUUAAAUAAAGCCAAUAUCAAAGGACAUCUUGGUCAAACUGCUCUUCAUUUGGCAAGUGCCCGCAAAACUGCUCUACCUACAUCUCGACAUUCACAAUCAACCAAUGCUGAUGAAGCUUCCAUGUUGCUCAGAGCAUUGCUUAAAGUAGGUGCUGACCCCAAUGCACGUGAUGAUGAAGGAAACACGCCACUUCACUUGGUUGCUGCUGAAGAUACAAUCAUUAUCAAACUGCUAUUGGGUGGUGGUGCUCACUAUGAUGCCGUCAAUGCUGCUGGCCACACGUUUUGUGACAUGCGAAAAGCCACUCCACACAACCCAUUAUGUCACACCUCAUUGGCAUGUCAUGCUGCUCGCGCCAUACGUAAAAACCGUAUACCAUUCAUUGGACAUAUACCAGUAACGCUGUACGAAUUUGUAGAGAAACACUAGUAAAAUAAACAUUAGAAAACGUUCAUGUAUAUCUAUGGUUUGAUGUUUCUUUAAUUUAUUGUAUGCACGAAAAAAAAUUAUUAUUUUACCUAAUAAAUCGUUUAUAAACUUA